AUCAACCAUCAACAAUCAACGAUACUCAUCCUUUUCAGUAUCAGUAUUCCCUCCCCCGACCCUCAGGGGAGCUAUUCAUCAUGCCCCGCGUGGCGAAUUCCAAGAAUCGCCGCUCCACCGGCGGCGCAUCCACCCCCCAUAAGAAUUCACCCAUGAAGAUUCCACUCAAUGAUGAUAUGGGAGAGAAGGCGGCCCGCAUGGAGGCGAGGCAGGCUCGACAUGACCGUCAGAUGGACCAGAUCAAGGCAGCCGUCAAGACCCCCAUGCCACCUCGACGAUAUACAGGCUACGAUAAUGGGAGCCCCGCGACGCCGCGGGGCUCAGGCCAUCGGGGACGACGCGAAAGCGAUGUUCAUGGACGUAGGGCUGUCACACCUAUGAAGCGCGUGCCUAUCCUGGCCAACUUCGAGGAAUGGAUGAAGAUGGCGACCGACAAUAAGAUCAAUGCCAAUAACUCUUGGAACUUCGCCCUGAUCGACUAUUUCCAUGACAUGUCCCUACUCAAGGAAGGAGAUGGCGUGAAUUUUCAAAAGGCCAGUUGCACGUUGGAUGGAUGUGUGAAGAUCUACACGAGUAGAGUCGACAGUGUGGCAACGGAGACGGGCAAGCUUCUGAGCGGCUUGGCGGAUAGCCGGGAUAAGCGAGCCCGUGAAACCGGUGCAGAAGGCGAAGAUGCCGAGGAUGACGAGGACGGUGAUGAAGGGGCGGCCAGAAAGUCGCGGAGAAAGGCACAACGGACGCAUGAAGCUACACUCGCUCCCUCCUUCGCUUCGCUGCAGCUGAAGAAGUUUGAGCUGGAAUUUUCGGUUGAUCCUCUUUUCAAAAAGGCGUCUGCGGAUUUCGAUGAAGGCGGCGCCAAAGGCCUGCUCCUCAAUCACUUGUCAAUCGAUGGCCAAGGACGCAUUGUAUUUGAUAGCAGUGAUGAUGCCGCUGAUGAAACCUCCAAGGAGGCAGAAGAUACCCAAGAAUCCGAAGAUCCGCCGCAUCCGGGCUCUCCGUCGGACCCCAGACAAUCAGCGGACAAUGCUUUCGAUGAAAUUACGGAAAUCGACAUCGCCCCGCUAGCGAGCAAGUUUUUCCCGGAUUUGGACCGCCUCGAGAAUCAGGAUAUUUGUCCCUCUCUAAAGAACUUCGACCUGGGAGAUCCAAGUGGUUCGCUGGAUAUACCCUUUCUCAAGGCGCCCGAAGACUGGCGUCAGGACAGGGAUCAAGAGGAAGGACAACACCCGAAUGAUGCAUCAGGCAUCAUGCUCGAUGACGAUAAUGCUGUUGGGUUCGAUGAUGACGACGCCACGUUAGCCGGGUUCGACCUGGGCGGAGACGCAGGGUUUGGUGAUGGUGGUGAAGCGUGGGCACGUGAAGCUGCCCUUGAGCCGAUGCUCAAGGUGCAUCGCGUAGAGAUGGAGGGUGAUGAGAAUGCUGAUGGCGAAGCGCUCGAUAAUGAUGAUCCGUAUAGCAUCUCUCUAACCCACCAGCCAGACAACCGGGACCAUGAAAAUAUACUCAGUUAUUUCGAUAAUGCCCUGCAGAAGAACUGGGCUGGCCCUGAGCACUGGAAGAUCCGGCGCAUUAAGGAGCAAACCGCCACCAGCACGGCCAAUCUGGCACCCAAACAACGCAAGGAGAAGGAGCCUUUUGAGAUCGAUUUCACUGCGCCUUUGGAUCCGACUGUUGCCGAGCUGAUAUACACCCCCGCCAGCUCUAACUCUACCAUAUCUCUGCCGAAGACACAGUGGAAGACCAAAGGGCGCAACCUUCUUCCGGAUGACAAGCACUUCAAUUCCCGCCAGUUACUCCGUCUUUUCCUCAAACCGAAGGCCAGGAUGGGUUCUAAGAAACUGACUGGUCCCCGGCAAUUCAACCACCGGCGACAUGACCAAACCUCAGGAAAUGGCGAAAUGGAUGAAGCAUUCUGGGCUAAUCACAAAGCGGAAGAUGUUGCAGCGUCUGAUGAGCGCGCCCAGGGUGCGUACGACGCCAAUUUCUUUGCAGACGAUGAUGGUCUAGCAUUCCCCAACGGCUUCGGCUUGGGCGAUGACGAUGACGACAAUCUCCCUUUCGCGGAUGCCAGAGAAAUGCUGUCGCCACCCGCCGAUGGCCCCCCAGGCACAUCCGCGGGAGACGCUGCCGGGGCAUCCGGUCUCACUGCCCUCCUCAAUAUGGUAGGCGCAGCACCUGGUUCGACCCAGAACGGUGGAGGAUUUGGUUCCCAGCUGGUAACACAGGGCGGUCGUAGGGCACGCCCUGACUACGUGGCAUAUGCCCGAGUUGCAAAGAAGGUGGAUGUCCGGCGACUGAAAGUGGAAAUGUGGAAGGGCAUGGGUGAGCGCUUGAUCUCAUCGACCCAUUUCGAUCCUGUGCCUCAGGCCGAGGAUGCAGCUAUUUCCGCCCGGGAAGUAGAGCAACAAGCAACUGAAGCCGAGGCGCAGGCGGUGCCACCACCAGUGGAUAGCAAUCCGGAGCCCGGCGCCCAAGAUGAGGGACAGGCAAACGAGAGCCUCCGGUUUACGCAGAUCAUGAACUCCCUGAAAACCGUUUACCCCCGAGACACACUACGCGACAUAAGCACAUCCUUUGGGUUCAUUUGCUUGCUUCACUUAGCCAACGAGCAGGGUCUAGUCCUACGAAACGAUGAUGCCUCUAGCGGUUUUGGUGCUGGCAGGCUAGAAGAGAUUUUUGUGUCCAAGGAUGCAAAUGCUGUCCUGGAAGAAGGAGCUAUGUGA